CAGAUCUUUACCCUCUUGCAUUCCCGCCAAAAAAAAAAAAAAGAAAAAUCUCGUCCCAAACCCUAACCCUAAACCGAAUGGCGCGGAGGGCUCGGAGAGGAGAGUCUUCGAGCGGUGGGAGGACCGCUGGCGGGGGCUUCGUUGCUGGGGCCAAAGUCGAGGUCCGGAGCGACGACGAGGGAUUCCGCGGCGCAUGGUACGAGGCUACCGUCGUCCGAUCCCUUGCCCGCCGCCGCUGCUCCGUCGAGUACGUCUCUCUUGUUUCUGAUGCGGAUCCAUCCGAACCCCUCCGUGAGAUCGUCCGCCGCUCCCACGUCCGCCCUCAGCCUCCGCCGCCCCCCUCCCCCGCCCGUUAUCAGCUCUUCCAGCGCGUCGAGGCUUUUCACAAUGAUGGGUGGUGGGCCGGGGUGGUGUCGAAGCUUCACGGAGAGGAUUCUAGCAGUUUUACUGUGUGCUUCCCCAACACAAGGGAGGUGAUGGACUUCCCGCCCUCGGAGAUCCGGCCGCUGCUGGAAUGGGUUCGUGGACAGUGGAUCGUCGCUCGAGACCAGGAAGUGGCUGAGCCACUGUUCAGUGUGGGAGCACAGGUCGAGGUCAGCUGGGAAAGAGAGAACUAUGGAGCUGCUUGGUUUGCUGCUACAAUUGUUAGUAUGAUCAGCAAGUCCAUAUUUUUGGUGGAUUGCAAGACCUUGAGAGCUGUCACUGACAGAGAGUUGUCGACGGAGAUUGUUGAUGCUCAAUACAUUAGGCCUGCACCUCCCCUUGCAUCAGAAGAUGAGGAUUUCGGGUUACAUGAUGUUGUUGAGGUGCUUUACCAUGGCGGGUGGUCGCUAGGAGUUGUUACUCAGAUUUCUAAUGGGUCAAAGUACAUUGUCAAGUUGAAGCAUCAUGAAGAGGAGAUGGAGUUUAAUUGUUUUGAAAUGAGAUCCUGCCAGGUAUGGAAGGAUGGGCAGUGGAUCAGCUAUUCCUCCCAGGUCAAGAAUAGAAAAUCACCAAUGCUUGGUGGAGCUAGUUCUGCUGGACCUCGACGGCAAUUACAUGUUGGCAAAAGAUCCAGUCUUCCUAUUUCAGUAUCAACAUCAAGUGAUGAUGAUGAUGUCACAUGCGUCCCUCUUUCUGGUGUUUUGAAGCGUAUGAAGACUGAAGGAUCGGGCACUGGAGGCUGGAUGAGGUCAUCUCAACCUUGCAGAAAAUUAAAAGAAGUAAAGUUAUUUGAUUAUAAGUUACAUUCGCAAGAUCGUUUUUCAUCUAAAACUCCAUUGGGGGUGGAGGCAGAAUCCCAUGUUGCCAAGCUGUUGCUAGAAGAUAGCCUCUCUUCAUUGGAUGUGCAGCAUUGUCUUGAAAGCACCUCUCCUGAGAAGACUGCAACAAAAUUACCGCGAAAUCGCUCAUCAAUGGAGCUAAAUUAUGGGCAAAACACGACCGAGAUGAAUGGUCUAAUUAAAUCAUUAACCGGGAGGAAUGAGCCUUCUGAUUUUAUGUACAAGGGAUCAGAACAUCAGUCAAAAGCAUCUGGCUUCAACCAUUCUCUGGUUAAUGAUGAGGCCAGCAAGCUCCUCUCGAUUAUGGAAUGGGGAAGUUGUAAAGGUUCCCGUGGUCCUAGAGGGAGUUCUAUGAAACGAAUAAAGAAGCUUGCUAUUCGGGCCCCGCAUCGACAGAAAAAGUCUCCUGAGAGCAUGAAACAAUAUUCACAGGAGGAGAUAAAGAAAAGGAAGAGAGGCAGGCCUGCAAAGAAAAGCAUAGAAUCGGAACAAGCAGAAGAUUUGCCUGAGCAAGUUGCUGAAGAAGAACAUGGGAGGCAAGAAAUUGAGCAAUCAAAUCAAGGUCAGUCUUGUGAUGCAUCUUUUGAAACUCGAGCGCAUAGUCAUCAUGAUGAAGCAACGGGGUACGAGGACCUCCCACUACUUGCGAUUACGCAGGAUUCUCCAACUAGUAAUGCUGUCAGCAUAUGUCAAACUGAUCAACAAAUAGAGGUAUUGGAAGACAGACAGACUAAGCCUCAGAUAGAAUUAGCAUCCCGAGCUGAUACAUCGAUCAAGGUCCCCACAACACAACAAUCGUCAUUCAUGCUAGGAAGCUCAUUUCGCACUAGGCUUGAAGAGAUCUUAACUUUUGAUGCCCAGCAUAACAACACAGCAACUGGAGCAGAAGAGGGAGCUCUUGUAUCUGUUUCCAAGAAAGAUAAUGCUGCUUCAUGUGAGGGGCUUAAUCCUAGUGAGUCACCAUCAAAGAGAACUUCUGGUGAGAACAAGGAGGCUUUGAUUGAUCCAUCAUCCAGUCAUUCAUCUUUGAAAGAGGUAAUAUUACCAUUUUUGAAGAGUUCUUCCAUGUGGGAAUCAAUCAAAGCAAUGGAUAUAUUCCAUAUAAUGCCACAACAACCACAUUUCCGCCCAUUGGAGCAGUACUCUAUGGAGUUUCGAGAAGGAAUGGCCAUAGGUCUUAUGGUAUCAUUUGCAAACCUAGCAACUAGCAUUAACAAAUUAAACAUUGCUGAUAACCGAUCCACUUUUGAAGAAAGGUUGAAGGCUCUUGGCCCCUUAGAGGCAAAUGGAUUUGAUGUUGGACGUCUACGUGCCUGCCUGGAGGAGUUGCUAGAGACACAAAGUAAUCAAUGGCAAUCCAAGAGUAAAAUAGCAGAAUUGGAACAAAAGAUCAUAGAGAGAAAAGGUGAUAAUGACAGGCUUGGCGCAUUAGCUGUUCAAUUAGAUAAAGCUAUCAUGGAAGUGGAGCAAAAUCUAACCCAUUUCCGGGAGAGCAGAGAGUUGGUCAUAAUGCAAAGGAAAAUUAUCGAUACUGAGAUAUUGAAACUGCAAAAGGAUGUGCAGGAAGCGGAGGAAGCAUAUCGUUCUGCCGAACGUCAUUUCAAUAGUACAGCAGUUGCUCCAUGGUGAAGGUAACAUGAGCACAUCAGCCAAGGGUUUCCUACUUUUGUGUAAAUAUGAUCUUCAGAUCGGAAGCUCCUCUUCUCGUUAUAUGCACUAUGCACUCCUCGAUGUCUCAUGAUACAUCUCAAGUUCCAUUGAAAUGGUUUUUGUUGAUUAGGUGAACUACUAUCAUCAUAAUUAGACAUAUCUGAUAGGUGCCUACGAUAUAAUAGAAAUCUGAAGGCAGUUCAGAUUGGAUGCUUCGAUCUUCAACCUGUAUAUUGUUUGGCAUCUCUCGUGGGAUUUCUAUUGCUGAGAAAAAGUGUUUUUAGUAAUUAAAAAGUUUUUUUUUAU